CCCGCCCCGCCCCGUCCCGCCCCGCCCCUGCCUGCUCGAAGCGCUCCUGCCUGCCGGGUCGUCCUCACUUCUCUUUCCCCACAGUCUGUCGCCUCUCCCUUGCGUUUCUGAGUCUCUGCUCGCGCACGUCGCGGGAUCCACGCCGCAAUCCAUGGCCAGGCCUACGGGGCUGAGGAGCUGGGCGACCUCCCGGCUCUUCGCUGCCGUUAUUUUACUUGACCUGGCUGUCUGUAAUGGAUUUGUAGAAGAUCUAAAUGAAUCAUUUAAAGAUAACCGAAAAGAUGACAUUUGGCUUGUUGAUUUUUAUGCACCCUGGUGUGGCCAUUGUAAAAAACUGGAACCAAUAUGGAAUGAAGUUGGACUUGAAAUGAAAAGCAUUGGUUCUCCAGUUAAAGUUGGAAAAAUGGAUGCUACUUCCUACUCUAGCAUUGCUUCAGAAUUUGGAGUUCGAGGUUAUCCAACAAUUAAGCUAUUGAAGGGGGACUUGGCAUAUAAUUACAGAGGACCACGGACUAAAGAUGAUAUAAUUGAGUUUGCUCACAGAGUGUCUGGAGCUCUGAUUCGGCCACUUCCAAGUCAACAAAUGUUCGACCAUGUACAGAAGAGGCAUCGAGUAUUUUUUGUUUAUAUUGGUGGAGAAUCACCCUUGAAAGAGAAAUACAUAGAUGCUGCAUCAGAAUUAAUUGUAUAUACAUACUUCUUUUCUGCCUCAGAAGAUGUGGUUCCUGAGUAUGUGACACUGAAAGAGAUGCCUGCUGUGCUUGUUUUCAAAGAUAACACUUACUUUGUUUAUGAUGAGUAUGAAGAUGGUGAUCUGUCCUCAUGGAUCAGCAGGGAGAGGUUUCAGAACUACCUUACUAUGGAUGGUUUCCUUUUGUAUGAACUUGGAGACACAGGAAAGCUUGUGGCCAUUGCAGUUAUUGAUGAGAAAAACACAUCACUUGAACAUACCAGAUUAAAGUCAGUUGUUCAGGAAGUUGCUAGAGACUUCAGAGACCACUUCCACAGAAAUUUUCAGUUUGGCCAUAUGGAUGGAAAUGACUAUAUAAACACUUUGCUGAUGGAUGAAUUGACAGUCCCAACCAUAGUUGUACUGAAUACUUCAAAUCAACAGUACUUUUUGCUAGAUAGACAUAUUAAGGAUACCAGUGAUAUGGUCCAGUUCAUUAACAGCAUUUUGGAUGGUACAGUACCAGCCCAAGGAGGUGAUAGCAUUUUGCAGAGAUUGAAAAGAAUAAUGUUUGAUGCCAAAUCUACAAUUGUGUCCAUAUUCAAGAGUUCUCCACUUUUGGGCUGCUUUCUCUUCGGCCUGCCACUUGGUGUCAUCAGCAUUAUGUGCUAUGGAAUCUACACAGCUGAUACAGAAGGAGGCUAUAUAGAAGAGCGAUAUGAAGUGUCCAAAAGCGAAAUGGAAAAUCAGGAACAAAUAGAAGAGAGAAAAGAGCAGGAGUCUAUCAGUGGAGAAUCUCUAGUGCCUACUAUGCAAGAGCCCAAGGAUGUAUUAGAAAAGAAGAAAGAUUGAGACUUCAGAGGAAAAAAAAUUGAUAGGAUUUCAAAUUAUUAAAGAGUAUUUAUUGAAUUUAGAAAUUUAAUCAUGAUCUAUUUACAGAAGAGAACAUGUUACUUGUAUUUUGCUAAUAACAACUGCAUGAAUUAAAGUAGUCCCUCCAUAAGUGGGAACUUAUUUGGAGCACAGAGAUGAAGAGUUUGUUUAAAACAAAACCAGAUCAUUGUGUCAGUUUACCUUAAAGAUGCCCAUUCUGUUCACACUCCUUUGUGUGCAUGUUCUAUGACAAAGUUAAAAAAACUUGGACAGAAUAUUAUCUUGACAAUUGGGGUGGAAGAUAUGUGGUUUUACGGAGCGAAAUAGUGUUUCACCUACUAUGUCAAGUCUCCUAUAUUUUGGAUAAAAUUUAUAUAAACAAAUUAAGUCUUUAAAAUUUAGAUGUUUUAAGAGAAACUACUAACUUUUUCCAUAUAUAAAAUUUAAGAUUCUGAGUUUAAAAAUAGUGAGGAUUUUAUAUAGCAUAGUGAUUUUAUUUUAUUAGUUGUUUUUAAAGGAGAAAUGUUACUUUUUUACUUAUACUCAGUUGCAUUAUUAUAAUACUGGCUUAUGGUCCAAUGAAGUGGGGAAAGAAUCUUUGACCUUUACAGAAUGACCAGGGUAUGUGGGGAGUGGUGGCUUUAGCCUCUGCCCUAUGCUGCUCAGCAGGGUGCACUGUCCAUCACUGCAAGAAGUAGAAGCCCUCUUAGUACACCUUGCUUUUAACCAAAGCAACGUAGUAUUUUGUUCUUUUAUUUUUAUUUUAUAGCGUGACAUUACUUCUAAAAUUUCUAUUAUUUAAGAAUGUUUUCAGAAGUAAUAAAUCAUCAGCACUCCGGAAGCAGAGGCAGGCGAUCUCUGUGAGUUCGAGACCAGCCUGGUCUAUAGGAGCUAGUUCCAGGACAGGCUCCAAAACCACAGAGAAACCCUGUCUCGAAAAACCAAAAAAAAAAAAAAAGUAAUAAAUCAUGUUUUUAUGAUAUAUAAACUAAUAAUUUAAAAAUUACUGCCACACCUCUGUUGUGGGAGGCCACCUCCGUGACAUUCAUGACCUCUCAUCUUUGAUCAGAAUGCAGUCUAAGACUGUCUAAGAGUGGGUAUUUUGUGAUAACAUGUUUACUAAACAUUAAUUUGUUAAUUUUGAACCCUUCAUUUUAGCUCAUCUUAGAAUUUUUAUUAGAUAAUAUUUAGGUGGCUGUUCUUUGAGUAAUUUAGGAUUUAUUGAAAGGAUCUGCUGAACAUUUGCAAACAUGGUUUGCAGUUCUAACACUGUUGUUACUUAGGGCUUUUUUGGUAACCAGGGGAGUUUCUGCCUUCUGAUGCAAUAUUAAUCAACACUGAACUGAAACUGUCUGUAGAGCCAGGAAAUUGCUAGUCAUAGUUUGUAUCCAGGUAUUCUUUUCAUGUUUUAAAAAACAUCUAUUUUUAAUAUUUAAUCAACCAUAAUUAACUUUAUUGAUAAUGGUAUAAAUAUAAAGUUACAGGAAAUUUCAGAAAAUAGAAAAUAUUUUCAAAUGGAAGCUGGAGGUCAACACUGUUCAUAAUUGCUGUGAAAAGUAAACUCCUCCAAAGUAUAAAGACUCCUUGGGAAGACUUCAUGAUAGUUGUCUGAAUGGAGGAAAGACCUGAAGUUUAUACAAGAUGAUUCAUUUAUGAUACUCUAUGGCAUCAUGAGAGAGACAUGAGGAAAUAGGGAGUACCACUAAUAAAUUUUAUUAUUUUCAUCACUAUCAAAAGUUAUGUGUAUUUUGUCUUAUCAAUCAUAACUUGUAAAUAAGUUCUCAGUAGGAAAAAAGAUAAGGCACAGCUUUGUAUCAGUAAACAGAAAUACAGAGGUAGUUUUGGGGAAUUUUGUUUCGUUUUUGUUUUUUCGUUUGUUUUCUUUGUUUUUGGCAAUACUUUUCUUGAAUGAGUAUUUUGGUUCUGUAUUGUGAAACAACUUCAUACUGAUCCUCAGUGUAUUUGUACUUUCAAAAUGUUUUCAUUGAGGAAAAAAAACCCAAUGUGUAAGUGGUUUAUAAGUGAAUAGUUUCAUUUCUUCUUGUAUUAAACUUAUACUUUUUGCUUAUUCUUGAGGAUAUUUUUAUCUGCAUUGUCAGAUUGCUCACAUAACAAAAUUUAAAGUUUGUUCACGCAUGUGUUUUUCUCAUUGAUGUGUUAUUCUAAAUACUGUUUGCUUACCAGGAGAACAUACUACAGAAUCAAGGCAGCUUCUUCAUAAUCUAGGAAAAGAUUGAUCCUCUAAUUCAGUGAUAAAUUUCAUGGUUAAAUACCAACAAAAGAGUCCUUUCAGGAAUUGGAAUUCCACCUUUUCUUUCAUGUGUAAAUUCAAAAAUUUAGCUCUUUGGUGCUCAAACAACAUUCAAGAGUAUUCCAGAGAGUGUUCAUGCUUAGUCCAGCAUCUCUUUCUGAAAUCCUUUAUUGUGUAUGUCAAUAGGUUUGUACCUUCUAUUGUUUGAAACUUCUUUGAGAUUUAUUAGAUAUAUAGGUUUUGUUUUCCUCCUCUCUUUAAAGGACAUUUGGACCUGGUUUAGAAAUGCCAAAUAAGAUGAUGAAAGGACUUUUAAGAGCUGAAGCAAUUGCGUCUGUUGUUUCUGUUUCAUCCAUCUUAUUGCCUGUGAUGUUUCUAAGAUUUUGACUUGGUAGCUCUUGGUUUUAAAAUAUUUUUAUCAGUGUUUUCUGAUGAAAUGGACAGGGAAAAAAAAAUCACUCAGCUAUUCUUAUGCAGAAAUUGUUAAGCCAGUAUAAGAUGUUAAGAUUUAAGUGGAGGGACUGAAUUUGUCAUUUUAUUUUUUACAAAUAUAUAUUUUUUCUGAAUGUUUCUGAGUCCCAAGAAUGAGCAAAAUAAUAAUAGUAAUUUUCUAGUUUGGAUAAGCUAUAAAGGUUUUUGAAAGUCUGUAUUACUACUAACUUGUUGAAUUGUGAUAAUAUGCCUUAUGUCAUCAAUUGCAAACUUUUCUUUUUCUAAAAUAAAUUAAUUAAAAACAUGA